AAGCCCAAAUCGAGACCUCGACGACUCAUCUUUUUAUUUUCAUAAUCUCAUCUUCUCAUCUCGUAUUGUCACCUAGAGCGUUGAAUGCACGGCCAUACCGAAGCGCGUGAGGAAAACUCCCAGAGUCAUAGCCAGCCAGCGACCACCACCUUCUCUUACCUUUGUUGAAAGAAAAUCGCAAGAAAGGAAAUCACAACGUAACUAAAGAAACAAAUCGGAGGCAUUAUUUGAAUCGCCAUGAGCGACCACCACCCACGGCUGCACCACCUUCGCUCCACAUCGUACCUAUUGAAGGAAUCUCUGUCAUCGUUCUCAUCCAAUUUCAUCACAUUCCUUUUCCUCUCUCUCCUAACCCUCUCCUUCCGAACCCUCGUCGAGACAGGCACCGCCCAUGUCACCUCCUUCAUCGACCGCGACCCUUCUCUCCGGGCCCUCCUCUCCCGCCUCGACCUCGCCGGAAACGCCCACCAUCACGGCCACGGCCACGGCCACGACCUCCCAUCCACAGCUGCCAACCACGCCCUCCGCCACCGACGCCGCCCCUUCCUCCACCUCACCCGCGUCGGAACCCUAGACGAUGACUUCUUCUCCGGCGACGAUGACGACGACCGCUCCCUCUUCGGCUCAAUCCCCAAAUCCCCCGCCAACGCCACCCUUCUCACUCUCUUCCCCUUCUCCCCCACCUCAGCCUUCUCCGAUCUCCUCGCCGACGACGGAGUUAGGGUUUCUCAAGUCAUCCGCUCUGGAACCACCUUCAAUACCCUGGGAUUGUCCUCCCUGUCGUCGCGAACGCCUCGCGACGACGAUAGCGGCGACAGCGAGGAGGAGAAGCGGGACGAGAACGCGGAGAGGAAGGAGGGCGUGGAUUUGCAGUUUUUCGUGAAGGGGAUCGAGGUGGGUCGUCGGGACGCGGCGGCGCUGUUUUUUCUGGUGAGUUUCCUCUCCGCCGCCUAUGGAUGGGUGAUUCUCGUUUUUCUCGUGACGUAUUCGUGGGUGUUGGGUGUUGUGUUCGUCUCCGUUGUGAAUGAUCUGUUGGGGAGGUUUAGCUCCGUUACGGUUUUGGUUUGGGAUGGUUCGAGGUUAGGUCUGAAGAGGCUUUCGGGGUUUAUUCUGAUGCGUUGGGCUGUGAGGGACGCGUUGACUCAGCUUCUGGGGUUGUGGUACUUCGGAGAAAUUGAGGAUCAGUACUCGUUUUUCAAGCUCUUUGUGAGGUUGAAAUUGAUGCCCUUCUCUGUUAUGUCUCCUUGGGUUAGGGGCUUUGAGAGAGAGAUUUCUGGGUUCUUGUUUACUUGGUUUCUGGUGGAUACUUUUGUUGCUUUUAUAUUCUCCGUGGAUGCUUGGGUUGCCAUUGUGGACUCAAGGAAGAGUGGGAGGGAGAUUGUGAAGGAAGGGUGCUAUUUGAUAUCUACUAUGUUCAACCAGGCUAUUCAGGUUAAGUGCUUGGAGGCUAUACUUUGUGGGUCCUUUGUCAGGUGGGGUUUGGGCCGGGUUUGCGGGAGGUCCUUCGCCAAGAUGUUUCAGUCCACCAUGGAGGUUUACUUCAUGGUUACUUGGCUUUUGUUUUACUUUGUAGCAACGUGUAAGGACGCUGAUCUUCAUGGUAGGAGGUUUGGACAGAGGGAAUUAGAGGGCUUGGUUGAAGGUCUCAGAUGAUAUUUGAGGGUGGUUGAACUUGGAUGGAUGAAUGUGGUUUUUUCUUUCUUUUUUCUUAUUGUGAUGCACAAGUAGCAGCAGCAAUGUUUCAAAGGUUCUUUGUGUCUCCCACAUUUGCCGUCGCUGUUGCCGCCAUUCUCUAGUUUUGUCACCAGCUAUGUGUCAAAUGUGUACUUCACCAAAAGGCUGAUUACUUCUCGUGUAUAUUCUGAAUGAGGGUAGUUCUUAUGUAUAUUAUUCAUGGAAUUGUUGAAUUAGUUCACUCAAAUAUGUGCUGGUGAUGAUAGUCACAAAUUACAGGGUUUGGGUAAUGAAGAAUGGUAAUGAUUUUUGUCCAUGCAACUUGGGCUUAUGUUGUGAUGACAAAAGUAACUGCAUAGCCUUCUGUUUGUUUGGAAUGAUGCUCCAUUUAUUAGGGAAAUUUGGUGGCAUGACUUGGACAUAAUCACAAACAAUGAAAAGCACUUUAAUCUGCUACAUAGAACAGGGAAAAUUAUUAGUUUGAGUUAUGCAUUGUGUCCCCCUUUUAGAAAUUCUCCAGGAAGGCUGUUCAUGCUAAUACUUUUUUGUUCUGUAUGAUUAUCAAAUCCUUUUCAUAAGCAAGCCUUCACAUUUGCUGUAUGUAUAUAAUCAUCUUGUAGAAAGUUCAUAAAACUUGUUUUGCAUCAUGGAAUUACUCGACUAAGUUUGAAUGAGAGGAAAUUUUGGCUGAUAGCAAAAAAAACUAGGGCUACAUCAAGGGGCAUUCCAAGUUUUUAGUUAUUUCUUGGAGAGCUUUGUGUGUACUUCUGCUAGACUGUUUUUUAAUAUUCAGAGUAAACAGUUCAUGUUUUCUGUCUGGUGUUUUGUAUGUUUACUUUAUAAUAAUUUGUCUUCCUGAAUUUGCAAUCCUUUCCCUUUGACUAGCAUCGAGGAAUGCGAUUUUUUAUGUAUAAAUGUUUUGUUAGAGUAAUGGAAUUUACCUGAAGAUGAAUUGUGAUA